AUGAGCCGCCAAGUUGACAUCAUUGACCAGAUAUUUGCCAAUAUCGACUAUCUAAACGACGCGAUGAUAGCCCCACUUGCGGAGCUUGGAAAUUAUUUAGCAAACGAUCAACAGUUACAACAGCUAAAAGAUGAGGAUUAUCAACGUCACGCCAAAAACAUAGUAGCCGUUGUUAAGAAUUUAGACGUCCUUAUCGACCAACUUCCUCCACUUGAAGACAACACGCCCGAAGUCAACCAAAAAAUCCAAGAGCUUGAGGUCAGAAACAAAGCUGUUGACCAGAAGCUGAAAGAAGUUGUUGGGGAGAGCGAAAGCUGUUUGAACCACUUAUAUGCCGUAGACGAGACUAUUCAGUCCGCUGUUAUCAACUCUAAAAAUUGA